GUUUUGUACCUGCUAGAUCUAAAAACUGCAGGACAGCGGCCCUUGAGGAAUAGAGUUUGACACCCCUGUGUCCAAUAAAAUGAUUGACGGGAACUUUAACUAGUGAACGCCUUCGCUCGUGCCAAAAUGGAAAGCUGAAUGGACCAAUGAGCGCGUAGGCCCUCGCUGACUCUCAUUAACAGGAAGUUAUUUAAGCAGCAGGACCUAGCCGCUAAGUUUAUGUUGUUGUUUCACUGAGCAUGUGGAAGGCAUCCUACGUGAAGUCCUCUGAGCAGCGCAGAAAUGAACCCGGGAGUUUUUACGUGGCUUUUCCUACUGUGGCUUCGUUCACGGACACUUGCUGCGGCCACAGCAGAGAGGAGUAAUGUCCUCUUCAUCAUGUCGGAUGAUCUGCGGACAUCCCUGGGUUGCUAUGGAGACACACUUGCGAAGUCUCCCAACAUUGACCAGCUGGCAUCCAAAAGCCAAGUCUUCCUCAAUGCGUUUGCCCAGCAAGCCGUGUGCGCUCCCAGUCGCACAUCCAUGUUGACCAGUCGCAGACCGGACACGACCAGACUCUAUGACUUCAACUCCUACUGGAGAGUCCACGCUGGGAACUACACGACUCUGCCACAGCACUUUAAAUCUAAAGGCUACUACACCAUGUCAGUGGGAAAGGUGUUUCAUCCAGGAAUUGCUUCAAACCACACUGAUGACUACCCUUACAGCUGGUCUGUUCCUGCAUAUCACCCAUUUUCCUUUAGAUUUGAGAAGCAAAAGAUGUGUAAAGGCGAGGACGGUCAGCUCCACGCCAACCUGCUGUGUGCGGUUAACGUGACGGAGCAGCCUGGGGGAACCCUGCCGGACCUGGAGAGCACCGACGAAGCAGUGAGGCUACUGAAGAGUCGGGCCAGCGACGGAGCGCCGUUCUUCCUGGCUGUGGGCUUUCACAAACCACACAUACCUUUCAGGAUCCCACAGGAGUACCUGAGCCUGUACCCCUUAGAUGAAAUGCCUUUGGCCCCUGACCCAGAUGUUCCUAAGCUCCUUCCUCCUGUAGCCUACAACCCCUGGACCGAUGUGAGAAAGAGGGAGGACGUUCAGAAACUAAAUGUCAGCUUUCCAUACGGACCAAUUCCUAAAGACUUCCAGCGGCGUAUCCGUCAGCACUACUACGCCGCUGUGUCUUACAUGGACGCUCAAGUUGGGAGGCUUCUCAGCACUCUUGAUGCUCUUGGGUUGACUGACAGCACAAUGGUGGUUUUCACAUCUGAUCAUGGUUGGUCGUUAGGCGAACACGGCGAGUGGGCUAAAUACUCCAAUUUUGACGUGGUGACGCGUGUUCCCCUCAUCAUGUUUGUCCCUGGGGUCACAGCCUCCUACAGCUCUCCAGGAGAGUCUACCUUCCCCUUUAUUGAUGUUUUAACCCAACCAGAGUACAGCUUCACAAAUGCCAGAGUUAUCCAAACCACGGUGGAGCUGGUGGAUAUUUUUCCUACAGUUUCUUGCAUGGCCGGCCUCCCAGCACUUGAGGAAUGUCCUGAUGUUUCUUUCCAGGUGGAGCUGUGCACAGCAGGAAGGAACCUGGUAGACACGUUUUACCAGAUAGAACGAGGGAUGAUCCCUGAACGCAUAGCUUUCAGCCAAUACCCUCGUCCGGCUGACACCCCGCAGAACAACUCUGACCUUCCUGAUCUCAAAGACAUCAAGGUGAUGGGUUACUCGAUGCGUAACUGGAUCUACAGAUACACCCUGUGGCUUGGCUUUGAUCCCAGAAGCUUCCAGGUGAACCUGUCGGAUGUUCAUGCAGGGGAGCUGUACAUAUUGUCAGUCGACCCCGAGGAGGAUGAGAACGUCUACAAGAAACUGGACCACAAUAUGGUGACGAAGAAGAUGGCCAGCCUUCCUCCUGACAUGAGUCUGCAGACAAGAAUGAGGCUCCAGCUCCAUUACCACACAGCAGGACUGAAGACAGACAGAGGGAAGGUGUGACGUGCAUUAAACACAACAGAUGGACUCACUGGGACAAGCUCAAAGGGAAUAUAGCUGCCUGAAAGGGAAAAACACUGCGUGUCAUAUAUAUAUAUAUAUAUAUAUAUAUAUA